UGAGGGGGUUCUUCGGUUCUAAUUAUUAUUGGAGAGAUGGAAGAAACUCUCCUGAGAUCCUGAGUUUGAUUUCUCGUGUUGAUUCUACUUCAUCUGGUUAUCGGGUUUUUUGAGUGCAGUUAGUGGUGAAGUAGGGUUGCAGAUCUAGAGAAAUGAAGGUGAAAAAUACCUCUAAUGACGAUUUUGGGGAGAUUAAAUGGCCUCCUGGAUUCCGAUUUCAUCCCAACGAUGACGAAUUAGUACUCUACUAUCUGAAGAGGAAAAUCUGUGGCCGUCGCCUAAAAGACAACGUCAUUGGAGAGCUUGACGUUUACAAGAGGGAUCCUGAAGAAUUGCCUGGUCAAUCGGUGUUGAAGACAGGAGAUAGGCAGUGGUUCUUCUUCAGCCAUAGAGAUAGGAGGUAUCCAAAUGGGGGUAGAGUGAAUAGAGCGACAAGGCAGGGGUACUGGAAGGCAACUGGCAAGGACCGCAAUGUCACUUGGAAUAAUCGCACAGUUGGGGUGAAGAAGACGCUUGUUUUCUACAAAGGUCGUGCUCCUAGUGGUGAACGCACCGACUGGGUGAUGCAUGAGUACACCAUGGCCGAAGAGGAGCUUAGGAGAUGCCCGACCCCGCAGGAUCCCUAUGUACUUUAUAAGGUUUACAAGAAGAGUGGCCCUGGUCCCAAAAAUGGUGAGCAGUAUGGGGCAACAUUCAGGGAAGAGGAAUGGGCAGACGAGGAUGACCCUGUUGAUGCAGUGCAGCCGAUUAAUGCUGUCCCUCCUGCUGAUAGAUGCUUAGUUUAUCACCAAAGCCAGCCGCCAGAGAAUGAUAUGGAAGAAAUUUUUGGGCAAAUUGUUGAUGACCUCAUAGUUGAUCAGCCGCGAAUCAAUGAAUUCAGUCACGGUUUACACCAGGUUGGAAGUGAAGAAGAAGCCCUGAGUACUAUGGUUGACCCAUCAUUUGGUGAAGCCAUCUCUAUUGAACCAAGAAUAGUUUUGCAUCCUGGUGGUCAGCAUUCUGUUGCACAGGCUAGCUUUGAGGUCACGCUGUCAGCUACUUCUAAUAUGUAUUCAUGUGACGCAUCCGAGGUCACAUCUGCCCCCGCUAUUUCUGAACAGGAUCCGUAUGCAGUGGUGGAGGAUUUCCUAGAAAUUAAUGAUCUCUUGGAUCCAGAACCUAGCUUUCCAGAAAUGGGGAAUGCCAGUGAGACCUUGAAUCUUCAGAAAAUGAUUGAAUGGGAUGAACCUGACCUUUACUUUGAUGCUGCAAUGUUUCUCAAGGACUUGGGACAUGGGACACUCCCUGGUGACAUGGCAAGCCAGUCAAAUUAUCUGCUGUCAUCCCACACAGAUGAUACAAAUAACGUAAGCAGUGAGCUUUGGACACAUGAGCAGAGAUCCAGCAUAUUUGCAUCACCUGGAUCCGAUGAGGUGGUUGUUGCACAACCAAUUUCAGGUUUUGUAUAUGCCGGUAGUUCUACAAACAUUCUUCUUGAAGCAAGACAGAAUCAAGUUGGCAAUGAGGCACAACCUCAAGAUUCAUGGAUCAGUUCUAAACUCUGGGGCCUUUUGGAAUCAAUACCAACUACUCCUGCAUCUGCCUCAGAGAGUGCUUUGAUAAAUCGGGCUUUUGAUCGAAUGUCGAGCUUUGGUAGGGUGCGAAUCAAUCCCGGUAGCAUGGUUGCUGCGUCUGCAGGAGAGGGCACAUCCAUUGUAAGGAGGACAAGUAGGAUUUUCGGCUUCCUUUCAUUCCUUGGGAAGAUGAGAACAGCUGUGUUAUUGGUGUUGAUGCUUAGUGUAGCUGUGAAAAUCUUCUCGACUUUCUUUGGGAGGUUCGUCCCAUCGUAAAUAUGUAAAGAAAGGGGAAGUUUCUUGUCUCUUUCCAGGGGUUCUUUACUGGAGGAUAAGAAAACCCAAGUGCAUAAGGUCUGAAAAUAAAGUAUUUGAACAUAGAGUUGAGUUCAAACAAAAUGAUUGUGUUGGUUCAGCAACUAGUUUGCCUCCUUUAACUUUGACCAGGGAAGGAAGCUGCUUGCUUCUUAGGAAAACCACAAAUUUGUACCUCUGAGGUAGGGUUUGGUUGUUUCCAAUGGGAAAAAAAAGGAAAAGAAAUGUUCUCAGAAGAAUGUGUUAGUCUGCUUGUAUCUGAAAUUCUGAGUAGAAAAAGGAGAAUUACAGGUGGUAAGCAUCGCAUUUGUUUUACUAUUUCCGUC